UAAAAUAAACAUUUUUUUGAGUAUAGUUCUUAACUUUUUAUUAGUUGAAAAAAAUAUUCACUCUGUUCAACAAUAUCUGUCUCUUUUAAAAAAAAAACUGUUCCAUGUUAUCUGUCACUUCACAAUUCCAAUAUUGCAUCAAUUACAUAUUUUUCAAUUAUACCCUUAUUAACUCUCCAAUACUAUUUCUGUAUUGAUUAAUAAACAAUGAUAUUUUUGUCUAUCUAUAUUUAUUUUCCUAAAAUCAAGACAUAUUUAUUGAGAUUCUUAAGACUUGUGUUAAGGUAAAAAAACGACACAUAUUUAGAAACCAAGAGAGUAAUUAAUUCAACAUACCUAUGAUAAUAUGGAUUAUUAGGGAAAACUCCCCUUUUUGCUAUUUGCCUUGGUAUAGCUCCAAUUUUCUUUCGCCUAUUUGACAUAACUCUUUAGUCUAACUCUAACAUUAAAUUAAUGUUAAUUUCACUUGGACACCCUCCAAGAUACUGAAAUUGCAGACUCACCUCCUCUUAGUCAAAAUAUUGCCCAAACCUCCCAUGUUAGAUGGUUUCGUUUACAAUGCCUAACGAGUGUUUAAAAUGUCACUUUUACCCUCUUAUUAAUAAAAUUAAAAAUAAAAAAAAAGUAGGAAAAAUAAAGGGAAAAUAGGCAAAUAGGAAAUACCUAUUUGACCCUUGUACCCUAAAAUGGAUCAAGUUUUUGAGGAAACACAUUUCCAUUUUGUAAUUAUUGUGAGAGACAUCCCCGAAACAUUUAAUUAUUUACUGAAACAGCCACGAAACCUUUUCGACAGAUGUCAUGGAGCUUUGGUUUACGAAACGUUUCCGAAAGAACGCGUUUAAGUAGAAGUUUCACAUGUUUCUUGGGUAUUGAUUAGUAGAUGCAAAAUGACAGUUAUGCCCUUAAAAAAUAGAAAUAUCCUUUUAAAACGGAGAAUCCCGGCGAAAACAAUACCAAAAAAAUUUGACAGUUGGGGCGAUAUCAAACCGUAGUAAUAUUUUCAAGGGGUAUAAUGUAUUUUUUGUAUUUGUAGAGGGGGCUAGUGCAAAACUUGGAAUUUAUAAGGGGCUGAGCUGUUAUUUGUUUUUAUUAUGCUGAAUUAAAAUAAAAGUUUUAUUUAUUUAUUUUAAUUUUAGAAAACGGAAUGAGUUUAAGCACACGAAACCAGUAGAAUUGGCUUUCACAGAAUCUCUGAAGAAGAAAGAUGAAGUUUUCUGGAAGAGCGCUGAUUCGUAGAGCAAUUGCUUCUUACCAUUACGGCAUAUUUGCUGAUCCCUUUUCUUUCUUCUUUUCAAAUUUUCACAGUGUGGUUAAAAAAGAUCGAUCCUUUUCACCUAAGCCCAGAAUAGAUUUGAGUUGUAUAAAUGAAUUAGACGAUGCUGUUUUCUUGUUUCGUCAAAUGGUGAGAAUGCAGCCACAGCCUUCCGUUAUUGAAUUCACCAAACUAUUGCAAGUUAUUGUCAAGAUGAAACAAUACUCUGUUGCCCUUCAACUGUUCGACGAAAUGCGUCAAUGGGGUGCCCCUAUAGAUGAGUACACAAUGAACAUCUUAAUUAAUUGCUGCUGCCUUUUGAAACGCAUAGAAGUUGGUUUUGCUAUCUUCGGCAUCUUCCUUAAACACGGUUACGAGGCAGAUGUUACGACAUUCAACACCCUCCUAAAAGGUCUCUUUUUAGAUGGUAAUGUGGCCGAGGCAGAGAAAUUGUUCAAGAAGAUUUUGACUUUGAAACUCUGUGAGCCAGACGAUGUUACGAUUCUUACUGCGAUUGACGGGCUCUGCAAAGCUGGACGUGUUCAUACUGCCCGUGAUUUGCUUUUGUUGUUGGAAAAGACUAUCUAUAAACCCGAUGUUAAGGCGUAUAGUGCGGUAAUUGAUUGUUUAUGCAAGUGCCGAAUGGUGGAUAAUGCACUCGAGCUCAAGUCUAGAAUGAUUGAUAAGGGCAUUUCACCGACUGUCGUCACAUAUAGCUCGAUGAUUCAGGGCUUGUGCAAUUUUGGUAGAUGGAAAGAGGUGAAGGACUUACUAAAUGAAAUGGUCGAUCACAAGAUAUACUUGACUGUCGCUACUUUUAAUAUAUUGGUGGACGCAUUUUGUAAGGAAGGAAAUGUUAAAGAGGCUGAGGAUGUUUUGAAAAUUAUGAAGCAACAAAAUAUUAGUCCCGUUAUUGUCACGUACAAUGCGUUAAUAGAUGGGUAUUGUUUGCAAGGGAAAAUGGAUAAAGCGAAAGAAGUAUUUGAUUCUAUAACGGGCAACGGUCUUAAGGCAUGUAUUAUCAGCUAUGGCACUUUAAUAAACGGAUAUUGCAAGGAGGGAAAAGUUGAUGAAGCUCGGCGACUUUUUCUCGAAGCUUCUUCUAAAGGUUUAGAACACACGACAUUUACCUAUAGCAUCAUGAUACACGGAUUAUUUAGUAAAGGCAGAAAUGCUGACGGAUGGAAGCUUUAUAAGGACAUGGAAGCUCGGCACGUACCUCCAGAUUUAUAUACUUGCAAUAUUUUGUUGGAAGGCUUGUGCAAGACACAGCAGAUUGCUGACGCGUUUUUAUUUCUACGGGCGAUGGAAGACAAAGGGUUAAACCCUAAUAUAGUCACAUACGGGAUCUUGAUUAAUGGUUUGUGCAAAGAUGGGAAACUUGUAGAGGCGAAAAAUAUUUUAAACGAACUUCCUUCCAAAGGAUUGAAACCUAAUAUUAAAAUAUAUACCGUUAUUCUCGGUUCACUUUGCCGAGAAGGGUGUGUAGACGAGGCAAAAGAUUUGAUUGUAAACAUGGAGAGAAGUGGUUGUGCACCGGAUAGUGUGAUGUACAACAGCAUAAUCCAGGGUUUGCUAAAGAAGAAAGAGGUUUACAAGGCAAUCCCGUUCUUAGAGGACAUGCACCAAAGGGGAUUCUAUGCCGACGCAUCUACUUCAUCCUUGUUAAUUAAUCACAUGCAAGGAUCUAACAAAGACGAUAUUCUUCUGGAGAUGAUGAAGAAAGUUGUACCGAAAAUCUAAAUUAAUUAUUUGGGCUUCUGAAAUUUUUGCAGAUACAACAUCUGUAUAUGUACUUUUGACUUGAGCGACCUAUUCAAUUUAUGCGACAAAUUUAGACGACAUUAGUUGG